AAUCGCUUACGGUUGAAACGCCUCUUGUGGGCGUUGUAAAUGUUUUCCAGGAUGUGCAGGUACAAUUUAGUUUAUCUCCAUUGAGCAGGGGCAAGGCGUGUGAAGCCCCGUCUUAUCCUACGUGAGGAAUGGAUGCUACUCAGAUGAUCAAUGACUCAAUCUUGGAGUCAGACGAGGAAGAAAAUGAAGAGGAGAAUGAAAAUAAGAGGGGGCAACCACUGGCUAAACUGUGCAUCUUAACAAAUGAACACAUCCCUGAGACAGAGUUGCCCCUCUUUUUGGGAGAAAAUGUGCUGGGCCGUGACCCCAACACCUGCACCCUGCCUUUGCCAGCACCCUCAAUAUCCAAGCAGCAUGCCACCAUCUGCAUCUCGGUUUACCGGAGAAGAGGUCGUCACAGUGAAGUGGAUACGGAGGCUUUAGUUUGGGACCAUGCGAGCAUGAAUGGGACCCGCAAAGGUCGCUUAAAGCUGACUCCUAAUGUACGCUACGCCCUCAGUGAUGGUGACAGUUUGGUGGUGGCGGACAUCCCAUGUCAAUAUGUCUGCUGCGCCGUAGACACAGUCUCUUCUCAAGGGGAUACAAGGACUUCGGGGGUAAAGGCCAACUUGCCAGGUGCCUCGGGAGAAAAGGGAGGUGACAUAAACACAGGCAGCAAGAAAUGCGUCAACGGAGGCGCAAAGGCUAGGGUGUCAUCAACGAAGACUCCUGUCAGAGCCAGUUGCCUGUCCUUUGAGCAAACUCCAACCCAGCCACAGGGGACCUUGGUCCCAGAAUCUGACUCAGACUCAGAUGGAGAAAGAAGGGGAGGAGGAGACAGGAGGCACAAGGCUCUAGUGUCUGAUUCUGACUCCCAUAAAUCUAGUCCCACUUGUUCUACCUUCCUGAGUCCCGCAAACAAAAUCGUCCCUGAAAGUGAGGAUGAAAGUCCCAUCACACCGUCCUCCUCCACUAAAAAUAGACCUCACAGACAUGUCAGCUUUAGCAAGGAAGAGACAGAAGUAGAUGUGGGGGGGCAGCUGCUGAAGGGAAAAAAGGCACUAGUGGACGACAGUGAAGAUGAGGAAGGGAUGGAGGAAGAAAGAGCAGCAGCAGAAGGGACAAAGUCUAAGGAAAGUGGACAACGUGUGUCAGUGAAGCAGGAAAGCAAUGUCAGUUUCACAGGUGAAGAUGAAUUGCCUGUGUCUACACCAACAGCCUCCACAGAUGGGAUCCCUGCAUUUAACAUGGACAGUGACACUGAUAUGGAGGGAGAGGAGGAAGGAGCGGCAUCUGCAGGUCCUGUGACCUUGAACAUAAACCAAGUCAGUCAGCCACCAGACACAGCUCAGUUUCACAUGGACAGUGAUACAGAUGUCGAUGAGGAUGAAGAUGCCUUAAACAGAGCUCCUAAAACUGUGCCUUCCUCUGACGACAGUAUCAAACCUACCCAUGUUAAUUCAGUUGUUCAGCCUGAGGGAAUCACUGCGAACAGUGACACUGAUGUGGAUGACGAUGCUACUGUCUCCGACGCUGCCACAAAAGUGAAACCCAUGUCAUUUCAGAGUGCACACUCAGCUGACACUGCUCCUUUAACGCAGCCGAAAGAUUUCCACCUAGACAGUGACACAGAUGUUGAUGAGGAAGAAGAAAUGGAAUGUGGAACAAAUAAAGCAGGCUCUAAAAUAGACAAAACUCCCACUAGAUUAGAUAUAAAGGCAACUGGGCCUGAAUCUGCCCCUAGUAGCCUACAUCUAGACAGUGACACACAUGAUGAGGCGAUCCCUGCCCCUGCCCUCGGCGAACCCUCGUUGGAGUCUGCUGCCACAGAAUCACGUGCCACUAAAGAUGGAAGGGCUGACACUUUGCCUGACAGUGACACAGACGUGGAAGACGAUUCUCCUCUGGUUGAACCUGUUGCUGUCGCAACCUUGUCGGUCCCUGCUGGUGUCGUGUCAGAUUCUGAUGCAGACACAGAUGUAGAUGAAUCCAGCAUGCCACUUGCUGGGGAUGGGGCCAACCCACCUGAUCUUAGAGUGGACAGUGAUACAGAUGUGGAGGAUAAAGAAGCGGAUGUUAGAGAGGCAGGUGAAGGCCAGAUUCCUGGCCUAUGCAGAGAAGAAACACCUGGGAUAGUCGCUCCUCUUCUACAGAACUGCUCCACUCCUGUACAACUGUCAGAGGGACAGGUGGAAAAUAUGGAAACUCAGGCUUUCUUGAGUCCUUCUUCAGUUCCAUUUAGAUGUGCAGUUGCCCCUGUAGCAUUGUCUUCCUGCUCAGACAGCCAGGAGGAUGAAGACUUUGUUGUGGCGGAGACGCAGUCCUUCGUUCUUCAGACCCAAGGUUGCCAGAGCAACCCUCCAGAGGACCACACCAUGGAACCCACCCAAGCCUUUGGACUUGAACCUUCUGGUGAUGAAAAUGAUGAACAGUCCAGCAGAGGAGGGUCUUUUCAGCUGGGAUUGUCUGACAGCAGCCACCUGCAGUGUCAGGCCCAAGCUCUAGCCAUGGAGAGCACCCAGGCUUUUGUCUCUACGGAUAGGAGUGUAAAUCUGGAAGAUACCCAAGCAUAUGCAGCCAUCUCAACUGCAGACAGAACCUCUGCGGAGAAUGAUCCAAAUCUGGAAGCUACACAGGCGUAUGGAGCAGACAAGGAGCCUGCCAGAUGUUCAGUAAUGUCUGAAAAAGCAGGUCAUGUAGAUUUGGCUCUACAAGCAACACAGGCAUAUAUUUCAGAGCCCUACAAUGAUUCAGAGAAUGAAACAGAUGAAGAUGAGAGAAAAAAUAUUACUGCUACUGCUGAGAUUCAGCCUUUAGGCUCUGCCAACUUAUGUGCUCUCAUGGCAGAAACCCAACCAAUGUCUGCCUUUGAGGAAGAGGAGAGUUUGGCAACAGACAAGCCUGUUUCCUCUGUACAACAUGUUAAACACAUAACAAAGAAUGAUAAAGAGGAGAGGGAGGGUCGUAGAGAGACAACUCAACCUCAACAGAAGCCCUCUAGUGAAAUUCUAUCUCUGGCUGAGACUCAGCCCAUGCAUACAUUUGACAAUGAGGAAAGUGAUGAUGAAGACCCAUUUCCAGGUCCUCAAAGAAGAAAACCAAAGCCAUUGCACCUUGAAGAGGAGCAGAGACAGCCCCUUCUUAGUUCUGAGUUAUCAAUUGCUGAAACUCAGCCCAUGGCUGUAAGUGAAAAUGAGGAAAGCGAUGAUGGGGACUCGAUGCCAGGCCCUCGAAAAAGAAAAGCAAAGCAACUACGAGUCGAAGAAGAGGAGACACAAACGCUCACAAACUCUGAGCUCUCUGCUGUCGAAACUCAACCAAUGGAUACAGGUGAAAAUGGAGAAAGUGAUGAGGAAGACUCAAUUCCAAUUUUUCGAAAAAGAAGAGCAAAGCCGCUGCAACUUGAGGACACGCAGACCCUCUCUAGUUCUGAAGUCCAAACUCAGCCCAUGGGUGAAGAUGAGCAAAGUGACGAAGAGGACUUUAUUCCAGGUCCACGGAAAGGAAAAGCAAAGCCACUGCAAAUUGAAGAUGAGCAGACACAGCCCCUCACUAUUGAAACUCAGCCUGUACUCACAGGUGAAGAUGAGGAAAGUGAUGAUGAAGACUCAAUUCCAGGUCCAUGUAAAAGAAAAGCAAAGGCACUGCAGCUUGAAGAAGAGGAGACACAACCGCUUACGAUUUCUGAGUUCUCUACUGUAGAAACUCACUCUUUGGAAACACAAAGUGGUGUGCAACCUGAGAGACAAAGGAUGAGACAAUCUGAAGCUGGAACCAGUGGAGUCAGUGUUAGAAAUAAAAAAGAGACAAGGGCAAGAUUAAGAGAGGAGGAAGAGCAAGCAGAGUGUUCUGAACCUCCAAAGAGACAGACAAGAGGGAAGAGUAAAGCUUUGCCCACUACUAGAGGAAGGAGAGGAACGUCCAGGCCUGAUGAGGAUAAGAGUGGGAAAGAGGAGGAGGUAGAGCAAACUAGGAGGGCUAGAGGGAAAAAAUCCAUGAGGCAGCAGAAAGAUGAUGAGGAAAAGGGAGAAAAGCAUGAAACUGAAGGAGAAGAGAAUGCUGGAAAUGGCAACCUAAUAAAAGAAAAACAAGAAGGGGGACUGGGAGAGGAGAGAGAUGUUGCAGACCUCAGACAUCAAGAGAGAGAAAAUAUGGAGAAGGAAAAGAGGGAGACUGAAAGAGAAAGGAAACGAGAUGAGAUAGAGAGGCAGCAUAGAAGGGGAGAACAAGAAAGAUUAGAGAGGGAAAGAAAAGAGAAGGAAGAACAAGAGAGAUUGCAGGCUGAAAAUACAAAGAGGAUAAGACUUGAACAGGAGAGAGCAGAGAAAGAGAGAAAGGAACAAGAAGAAAAGGAAAGAUCUGAUCGGCUAAAGAGAGAAAAAGAACAAUUGGAGAGGGAACGAAAGGAGAAUGAAGAAAAAGAGAGAUUGGAGCGUGAAAAGGCAGAACAAGAAGAGAGGGAGAUUUUGGAAAGAGAAGAGAAAGAGAGAAUAGAGAGGGAAAGAAAGGAACAGGAGGAAAAGGAAAGAUUGGAGACAGAAAAGAAGGAACUAGAAGAGAAGCUUGAAAGGGAGAGGAAGGAACGAGAAAACCACGCAAGACUGCAGAGGGAAGAAAGAGAAAGACUGGAGAAAGAAAAAGAGACCAAAGAAAAACAAAUAAAAGAGCAACAACAAAACAAGGAAGAAGUGAACAAGCCCAAAGUGCCUAUAAGAGGUCGAAGAGCAGCCAGAAGUACAGCUGCCACCCAAUCUACAACAGAGCCAGAACAAGACCCGACCGUAUCAGCCAAUGAUGAUGUCCCAGCAAGGCGAACCAGAUCUCGCUCCAACUCCUCCAACUCGGUCAGCUCUGAGAGAUCCGCCUCAAGCAUCAAUACCCAGGAGGGCAAGGGGAGAGGGCGGGGCAGAGGGGCAAAGAGGAUCAGUGAGCCACCCCAGGCAGGCAUUGCCAGAAGCAGCAACAGGAGGAGGACAGUGGCUGCAGAGACAACUGAACAAGACAAUAAUGAUAUUUCUCAUCAGGGAGUCCUUUCGAGGUCUAACUCCUCCAAUUCUCUCAAUUCUGAGAUUUCUAGCUGCAGUGCAAGCUCCCAAAACCGAGGAAGAGGAGGUAGGCAGCGAGGAAGACAGAGGAAAACAGAGCCUGCGCCAAACUCCAUCCUUCCUAUCAAUUGGAGUGAUCAGAAUUCAACACCCAAACCUGCAGCCAGAGGCAGGAGGGGAAGGAAAACAGAGGGAUCCUCUAAUGUGGUUCCUCAGGAGGAUGAAGAAGAGAAAGCAGGCUCUCAGCAGACUAGUAACACAAGGGGGCAGCGCAGAGCCAACACAAAUGACUCUGAACCCACUGCUGCACAUGAGGAAGACCAGUCAAAUCAGGAGGAAGAUUGUGCCAAUGAGGAAUCACCGCUUAAAAGGAAAGUCAGGGGCAGAGGACAAAAAGCAGUAAAGAGUGAAACUGUAGAGGCACCGGUGGCCCCCUCAGUCAGUGAUGGAGAUGAGGCUAAAGACAAAAGAAAGGGAAGGAAGAGAGAGUUGGAGGCACAUACAGAGGAUUCUAGCAGUAGUUCCAAAAUUCUUAAAGGGAAAGAGAGAGCCCAAACAACAGAGGCAACAAAGGAGGAAGGUCAAGAUGAAACAAAAGAUGAGAAUCCUGUUCAUGUUAAGAGGAGAGGUAGAGCAUCAAGUGCUCAAGCCAAGAAGAAUGCAAAAGAAUCUCCUCUUGAAGUGGAGGUGAAAGAAGAGAGUGAGAAGAGAGCCAGAGGUCGGCUGUCUGCAGUCCAGAAAAAUAAGAAAGAGGAGCAGGAAGAAAGUGGUGCAUCUGUCAGUUCCAUGAAACAGGAUGCAAAAGCAGAAGCAUCAGAGCCUCUACAGCCCCAGACUCCAACCAGCACUGUAUCCCGGAAGCGACAGGCUCCUGCAGACUCCUCUCCUGUUGCAAAGACUCCUCGCUCCUCCUCUGCUUCCCCCGCAGCUAGUGGUCGACUACGAGCGGCGAGCCAGGCCUACAAGGUGCUGUUCACAGGUGUGGUGGAUGAAGCCGGGGAGAGAGUGUUGGCUCGUUUAGGAGGCAGCAUGGCCAAAGGUGUGGCGGACAUGAACUGCCUGGUGACUGAUAAAGUGCGAAGGACUGUUAAGUUCCUGUGUGCGGUGGCCAAAGGAGUCCCCAUUGUCACCACACACUGGCUGGAAAAGAGUGGCAAAGCUGGGAGCUUCCUGUCUCCUAAUGCUUUUGUUGUGAAGGAUUCGGAGCAGGAGAAGAAGUUCAGUUUCUGCCUCCAGGAAUCUCUGAGGAUUGCCGGCAGUCAGCCUCUCUUACAGGGAUAUGAGAUCCAUGUUACAAAAUCAGUGAAGCCGGAGCCAGUUCAAAUGAAAGAUAUAAUCUCCUGCAGUGGAGCCACCUUUCUACCUAAGAUGCCCUCUUCUCACAAGCCUCAGACUGUAGUGAUUUCCUGUGAGGAGGACUGGUUGCUAUGCAGCCCGGCUGUCUCUGCAUCUCUCCCCGUCGUAACUGCCGAGUUCAUUCUCACGGGAAUCCUUCAACAGAAAGUUGACUUUCGAACCCAUGCUCUCUCUGCCCCUGUAACUAAUCUACAACCUGCAGGAGGCAGAGGAAGGGGCAGGAAGAAGACAUAGCAUCACCAGGGUGUACUGUGAACAUACACGCAAUGAUGCACCUACAUAUGUGCAGGAAAUCUGCACUAGUUUGUACGCAUUUAUAAUUUGUAGAUACCCUUUCAAACCAGAGACUGCACUAGUGAGUCAGUUGUUCGUCUGUAUGGAAGACUUUAAGAAUGUAGUUGCCAGAUGCAGCAAAAGUUGAAUGAAUGCGGUUUACUGUUAGCUGUCAAAAACUAAUUUUAUAUGUACAAUUUCCUGUUUUGCAAGAGAGUGAUGUGAGAGACAAAAUUUAGGAAGCUUGUGAAGUGUCUCUAAUUUUUAUGUUUCAAAAAUCUACUCUCAGUACACUGUAAGUCGUUUCUUACAGUCUUUCUUUUGCCUUGUACAUGUGGAAAAAAUUUAGUUUUUAAAAUUACUAAAGCUGAAGGUGAUGCUGUUAAGUAAUUACCCAUUAACCGUCCUUGUCACUCUCCCCUCUCCUCCUCUGUGCUCCGCCCCUCCCUUUAUACAACAACAACAAGCAGAGCUGGAAUUAACAGCUGCAAAACUGCCACCACUCUGUGCACUAAGUGCUUAAACUCAAUCAGCCUUUCUGGCAAGUAACCAAGCGUGAGGGGGGAGUUGUAUAAAUCAUGUUUGGAUGGUGGAACCUUGGAAGCCAAGGGGUGUGUUUAAAAUCCAUCAGCUACGGUGGCCAGUGGAUGAAAAACUGCUUGUUUCCUUUCCUGAUAAGAAGUGCAUAAUGCCUUUUAUACCAAGGUAAUCAUGAGCCUACCAGUGUAUCUGUUGUUCCUAAAUCUCCAUUAACCACCACCACCUACUCCAUUAAGACUUCAUCCAAUCCUAUUACCUCCAGAGAUGAGACACAAUAUAGCCAGAUGAAUGAAUGCUGAUGCUGCUUCUACAUCAAUAUCUUAUGAUGUUUGUUCUUGUCAUGCAUUUAUCUACUGUCUCUUCGAUUUUUAGCAUACAGCCUUAAAGGUAUGCUGUUCUUGUAUGGAAAAAACAGUAUACAGAUUUUCUACAUGCUGUGUCAUUGAAAGACAGACUAAUUAGCUGGUCAUUUUUAGAACUGUUAACCAGCUAAUAUCUUAACACCGAGUUUGUAUUUACACCAGAUCAUGAAAUCUGUCUGAACUGUAAGUGAAAACAUUAAAUAUUUUCUAUUACCAUGAACCACAUGUAUUUCUUUUUGCAUCAAUACACUUGUGGAUAUUCUGGUAAUUUAUUAUAUCUAUAUUGUAUCUGUUUUGUUUAGGAUUUAGAGUGAUCUACUUUAUGAAUUGUUGAGCUAAACUUGGAGUUCAGAAAACACCAAUUAAGUAGACCUUGUGCUGAGUUUUAUGUAUUGUAUGUAUUCAUUUUAAAACACAUUUGUCAGUACUCAAUGCCCCUGAUUUGACUUAAAUAUAGAUAAUAUGCUAAAAUUGUUAUCUAUACAGUGAUACUGUCAUUCAGUGUAGUGGGUGACACUGUGGUGUUACAGAGAAAUUACAUUACCCCAAAUAACAAAAUCGUUACACUGAUUAAUGGAAUUUUUACUUAAACAUGUAUAACAGGCUAUCAGCUGGCCACCUAUAUCAGAAAAUGAACUUGACCAACGAAGAUAAUCACACUUAUUCACAACAAAUAAUUAAUUUAUGCAUAUUUUUCCAAAACUCAUUCAUCAAGAGUUUUUUAGCAUUUAACUGAAUUAUAUGUGGUGCUGUAACUUCGGUUUUCACGCCAUGAAAAGGUGAAAUUAUCAGAUAUUUAAGAGAUAAAUUCACCUGCUGCAGUGUCACAGAGGUCUUCAGGGGUCCUUCUGAUGAUGUCACAGACUGUCACAUGACUGUCAGUUUUGAUAGGAAGUCAAAAUGGCCUCUUGAUCGCCUCUUAAUCUUACGGGAUAAAGGUCCACUGGUUAUUUCACAUGACCAUAGGUGUCUUUCGGGGGACGAGGGGGUGGCCGGUGUUUCCCGACAUGAGUCGAGUGGCUCCGAGUGAGAGCAGAGCCCGACAUAUUCUGAACAUCUUCCAAAUGUUGAGCCCGAGUCGUGAAGUGCUGCUCUUGAGGGGGGCGAGGUUGAGAGGGAGGGAGACGACGCGGGAGAAAACAGGCAACGUUCACACAGAUUUUCACCUCUGAGCGCGUCCCGACAUCUCCGCAGACUGCUGCACCGCAGCUCCAGCCGACCAAUUAAAAG